AUGGGAGACGAAAAGACUGUCGAGUUGCUCGAGCUAGUGUCUCAGUAUGAGCAAUUGUGCAACGACAAGCUUCGAACUGACUUUAUUGAUGGAUUUUUUACCCUUGGAAGAGCCAACUACAAUUCUGGUUCCGUGAAAAAAUACGGCGUAGAUUCGCUAGAUAUGAGACCACACGAACCGGGGAUAAUAGUGGAGGUGGGGGAUCAGAUGAGCGUGAAAAAAGUAGAAAAAGAAGACAAAAAUGCAAAAAAGGCACAAAAUGAUGGAAUAAUGAACGACGAUAAUGAAUUACGUGAACUGGAAAAUGACGAAAAUAGUAACAAAACUACGCUUCGAAAUCGAAAACGCUCCGAAAAAUCCACUUCAAAUACAGUCCCAUCCACCAAAGAAACAAAACAACCAGAAAAACCAUCUUUUAAUCCACUACUUCAGUUUGGUGGCUUGGUGCCUUAUCAGCUCCGCCAGAGCCAACUACACUUUACUGCUGCCAUUGAGCUGGCAGUGGAACGUUACAACUUGGCGGUUCGCAUAGAAAAGCUAGUUGCGGAACUUGAGUCUGUAUGA